CGUUUAUCGUCCUCUAUUCAGAAAUAGACUUAGAACAAUCUGCCGAAAGGUUGUUUGGAUAUUUGCAUUCGGUUGCAUUUGCAAGUCGGUGAACAAGUACAGAAAAGUCAGAAGUGAAUUAUUUUUCAACAUUCUGUGUUCUUGCAGAUUUUUCUAAAUUACACUAUUUUGCUAUUUGACAAAUCGAUAUAUUUAGAUAUUUGCCAUUUUUUAUACGAAGUUAUAACCGUCAUCCAUGGGAAGCAAACCGUCCAAAAAUCGUGGUCAAAAGAUCACAUCGAAUUCAUCAGACCUACUUGAAAAAACAGCAAAACGAACUCCGGCGACACCAAUAUCUGAUACGUCCAUAUUUGCUGUGAUAACAGUUAUUUUCAAUCCAAUCAAAUACCAAUCUCGUUACAAUCAUUAUGAGAAAUUUGCGGCGCAUAUGAUGGAAUCUGGCGUACAUUUAAUUACCGUUGAAUGCUUAUUCGAAUCAACAUACCGUUUCAAUUUACCGGAGCAAAAAUUCGAAAUAACCCGAGCUAAUAAUCCUUGUCAUAUUCAAUUGCGUGCUCCAUCUGUUCUGUGGCUGAAAGAAAAUUUAAUUAACAUUGCUGUUCAACAGUUGCCGCCGCAUAUUGAAUUUGUGUCAUGGAUUGAUGCUGAUAUUGAAUUUGAGCGCCUUGACUGGCCACAGCUAGCUAUCAAUCAACUACGACAUUAUCCGAUCGUACAAUUGUUUGAAGUGGCACUUUUUCUUGGCCCAAAUGGAAAAAGUGAGAUCUUGCGUCGUGACUAUUCAAUGGGAUAUUCAAUCAGACAUGAUAAACCGAUUACCCCGACACGAUCCGAUUGGUACGCUCAUCCAGGCUAUGCUUGGGCAAUGCGUCGAACAGCAUUUGCUGAUAUUGGAGGUCUUCUCGAUUUUUGCAUUAUCGGCUCGGGAGAUUUACAUUUUGCGUAUGCUCUUUUGCAUCGUAUUGAAGAAACCAUUCGACCGAAUCUACAUGGAGAUUAUCGACAGUUAGCGAUUGCAUGGGGUGAUAAGGUAGCACAGGUAGCUGGAAAUGGUAGAAAUGUGAGCUAUGUGCCAGUGAAUUUAUGCCAUCACUGGCAUGGAGAACGAAAUGACAGGAACUAUGUGAAUCGGUGGGAAAUCCUUGCAAAACAUCAAUUUUCACCAUUAAACGAUUUGAUGACACACGGUGAAACUGGUCUUCUGCGCUUAGUUGACGAAACUAAAUGUAAAUUCUACGCGCGCAUCGAAUCGAUGGAAGCUGACAUUGUCGAAUAUUUUAAAUCCCGUAAUGAGGAUAGUACAACGAGAACAACCGUCUCACCAUCUGGAAAAGACACGAAAUAUGUGGUACCACCACAAAAACAAUCUUAUCGCAGUGGAUUUCAAUCAAGUAGAUCCAGGCGUGAUAAUGAGAAUUACAACUACUGGCCCAAUACCACUGAUAACGCAUAUGUUGGUGACUAUUAUCCGCAUCUGCAUCUAUGUACCUGUGCUGGACAUCAUCAUGUAGACAAUCAUCAUUGUCCGUGUACAUCUCAUCAAAUUGAUGACAAACAGUGUUGGGAUUCAACGGGACAUCACCAAGAAAUUUGUUUGCCAACUAAUGAUCAUCGUACUAAUGAACGUCAUUUAUCUCACGAUACUCACGAGCAUGCAAGUUUUAGUAAUGACAGUAAUACCGAUCGUACUGAUGAACGUCAUUCAUCUCACGAUACUCACGAGGCUCUCGAGCAUGCAACUUUUAGUAAUGACAAUAAUACCGGUCGCAUUGAUGAACGUCAUUCACCUCACUAUACUAACGAGCAUGCAAGUUUAAGUAGUGACAGUAAUACCGGCUAUACUUAUGAUGGACGAGAAGGUACUUCUCAACAUUACGAUGGGCCUGGCAGUUUCUACUAACGAAAUGACUUAAUUUAGAAAUCACC